GGAGGUGAAGACCUGUUGGGCUUUUAACCGCCCUGCUGCCAAUCCAGAGAAGCGAAGUGAACGCGAAGUCCCAAGCACCGCCGUCAUCACUGCGCCAAUGGACUUCAAAGAGUUUGGAGGGGACUCCUCCGAGGGGGAGACUGAGGACCUGGACAGCCUAAAAGCACUUACAGAGAAGCUGAAGCUGCAGACCCGCAGACCAUCCUAUCUGGAGUGGCAGGAGCGGGUACAGAGUCGAUCGUGGAAGGAGAGUGAUUCCGCAGACAGUCCGGGAUCCGAAGGAAAAGCUGUUUCUGUUCCUGCGACUUCGAGUAAUGAGAAUUCUCAAGUGGUUGUCCGCAACAUUUGUGGCUUUGAUACUAUUGAUGAUGCUUUGGAGUUCCUAAGAAAGGAGCUGAGGGAGAUGCAGGUUCAGGACAACCAGCUGGCCCGUCAGCUGAUCCGUCUGCGGGGGGAGAUUCACCGGCUGAAGGUAGAGCAGGUGUGCGAUCGCCACAAGGAGAUGCUGGACGAUGCAACAUACGAACUGGAGGAGUGUGAUGAGGAGUCAGACCUGCUGUGUGACAUCCCUAUGAAGGCGGCCUUCGCUCUGUCCACCCCACUCAAACACCUUGGCCUCACCAAGAUGAACAUAAACUCCAGACGCUUCUCUCUGUGUUAAAAAGCCCAACCUACUUAUCGCUGACUGAGGAUAUUCUCAUCACCUCCUCUGUAUUUGUGUAGACAUAUGAGGCUUAUUUUUUUCAGAGGAGUUUUGCCGAUAGAAUGAAGGGGACCUGCAAGCAAAGUGCUCUGAGUUCAAAAAGAAUAACUGCUAUGCACCUCGGCUUGACAUACAAACGAAAGCCUCCAUCUCCAGUCAGCCUUAAUACAGACACUUUUUCCUGGACUGAGCCUGAGCCUCUCUACUGCUGCUGACUUCAUAGAGCAAUGCUCAUCACAGUAGUAAGAUUGGGCUGAAAAAUAAAAGACAUGGAAUGGGCAUUAUGUGAAACAUCUUACUCCCAACAAAUGGCAUUGUAAAACAAUGUAUCAUAAGCCUUAAAUAAGUGUAAAGUUAGGAGGUUGUUUUAGGAAUAUGACGACGCUCACUUCAGUCUGCAGGAGCUCUUCAGAUAACUACACAGCUAAUAAAAUUAGAUCAAGGGGUCCGAAACAAAGGUUGGAGCCUCAGGAGAUGUUUGCAGGAUAAAACCAUUUACAAAACAGGAACCAAAAAGUAUUUUUCAUUUUUCAAGCAUAUCAAAUAUUAUUAAAUCUUUUCAGGCCAUUGAAAUCCAAUGAUGAACAUCUGGAAACCCCUGUUUUACAUUUCCAGUAAACCUUACAUACUGUGUGCUCUGGCCUAGUCAGAUGAAUGUCAUUCUCUACUGCAACAUACUUCAAACACUGGAGUUUUCACAAUAGUACUGUUCCUAACAGUAUCCUCAAAAAAUGUAGGGUUCACACUCUAGCUUUUUUUUUCAAACCAAAAAUAUCUCCUGAGCCUUGUCACUGCAGUGACAGGACCCAGGAGGCAAUGCCUAAUGUAUUUUAUUUUCCAUUACUAUGUCGAGAUGCUGCAGAGCACAGAGUAGUAACCAUAUAUGGCUGGACAGUGACCAAGUGUAUCUUACUAUGCAGUGGGCAGUUUAGUUCAAGUUGAAUGAUAUAUUUUAUAACAGCAUUCAAAAAGAAGGAAUAAAACACUUUUGAGGAGUGAUAUAUAGAUUAUAACUGCUAUUUUCACUUGUAUAUACAACACACUAUUAAAGAGACUUUGCUAUAUGUA